UCAAAUGGCAAAUACAGUUUCACUUAUGCUUGCUUUCUUCAUCACCAUCACCAUUUCCUUCCCAUUUCUUUCCCAUGCCAUCUCCUCCUGCAACGGUCCAUGCCGAACCCUAGAUGACUGCUCAGGCCAACUCAUUUGCAUCACCAGCAAAUGUAAUGACGAUCCCGAUGUUGGGACCCACAUAUGCAGCAAUGCCAACCCCGCUCCAGGCGGAGGUGGUUGCCAGUCCUCCGGCACCCUCACAUGCGGUGGUAAUUCAUACAAAAAAUACAAAUGCUCUCCGCCGGUCACUUCCUCCACAAAAGCCCUUCUGACUUUAAACGACUUCAGCAAAGGUGGUGAUGGAGGUGCACCCUCGGAGAGUGACGAGAGAUGGCACGAGAAAACAGAGCGCGUGGUGGCUUUGUCGACGGGAUGGUAUAAUGGUGGGUCUAGGUGUGGGAGGAAUAUAAGGAUAAAUGCUAGUAAUGGAAGAAGUGUUGUGGUGAAGGUUGUUGACGAGUGUGACUCCGAGAACGGCUGCGAUGCAGAUCAUGCUGGACAGCCACCCUGUAGGAACAAUAUUGUUGAUGGAUCUGAUGCUGUUUGGGAUGCUUUAGGCCUCAACAAGGGUCGUGGCGUUGUCGAUGUUUCUUGGUCCAUGGCCUAGCUAGCCUCUACUUUAGCUAAUGCCCGUCUCCUUACAUAUAUGUAAUAAAAUCGAAUAAUAUGAUCAGAGACUGCUUCAUCAGGUGAUGAUGAACAAUUUUCAGAUUUUAUAUGCAAUAAAAUCGAAUAAUAUGAAAUGGUUUCAAGAACAGAUUGCAGUAAGGGAAG